AUGAGCUUCCAGUUCUCUCCGCGGAUCCUUCCCCAAUCAUGGCUCUUUUGGAGUGCGAUCUGCGCUGAAACCACGCUCGCUGCUUUUGCAAUCGUCUUGACCCUGAAGCGUUCACUCACGCGCCGUGUUGUCAACCUCGUCCUGACCCUAUUGGUAUGCACUGAGAUAAGCCUUCUGCCUUCUUUAGGAGGCCCGCCGGUCUUGAAAGGCCUUUUAUCCUUUUUCAUCCUGCUCAAGGCAUGCCACCUUGCCAGCAUCUUCGCCGUAAUUGGAAUUGAACUCCGAGACCAUAUCGAUUACGCAACACUACGCAAUUCUCGAAUCAUCCCACAGCUCCUGGCAGCGUCCGGACUGGUAUUCAGCUUCCGUGGCAUCGGCACACCAUGGGAGAUCAAGAUCCUCAAGGCUCAGGCUCAGCCACAUGCUACUCCUCCGACUCGCUCACGCUGUUUGCUUCGUCGGGCAGCGAGAGUGCUCCUGCAAAUCUUUGCCGUCGACCUAAUCUUCUUCGGCUACAUUGAUAGCCACCAGCGAUGGAAGCCGCAGGUAUUUGAUUUUGAAACAGAAUUCCUUGGCCCGAAUACAACAGCCGAGCAACUCAUCGCACGCUCUCACCUAUGCAUCGUCGGUAUAGUGGGCCUUGCGAUGCUGAUUGACCUGGCACACGGUCUUCUCGCCAUAACGUUUAUUGCUACCGGCCUGACAUCCUGCGCGCAGUGGCCUCCAGCAUUUGGGCGUAUCAGUGAUGCAUACACCGUUCGCCGAUUCUGGGCCAAAACAUGGCACCAAUUUCUCCGCUGGCCAACACUAUCCGUGUCUACCUGUGUGCGCCGCCAUCUGCGCCGCGUCAUUCAACUCCCACCCCUAGCAGACCAACUCCUCUCUCUUAUAAUGGUCUUCAGCCUAUCCGGCUUCUUCCACCAGGCGGCAGCGGUAUACACCGAUGUUCCAGGGAGUCUGGUAGGGAUAUCGUCAUUCUUCAUGAUAUCGCCAUUGGCAAUGCUGUUUGAGGAGGGCGCUCAGCGGGUUUACUGCGAGGUCCUGGUCCCACGCUUGGGAUGGCGAGUGCCGCGGCACUGUGGAUAUCUAUUGGGAUAUCUCUGGACGUAUCUGUGUAUAUACUUGUUUGCCCCGUGGUUUCUGUUCCCGAUAUUCAGACUGCCUCUGGAUAGAGACCACCUGGGUGAUUAUAGCGUGACGAAAGCAUUUGGGGCGACUGCUACGGGUGCAUUGAUUGCUCUUGCAGGCCUGGGGGUUAGAUAUGCCUCCUGGUAA